UUAUUAUUAUUAUUAUUAUAUUUAGUUGUUAACGUUCACACCUUGCACUAUCAUGUACUCCUGAUGUAUUUUCUUGUGUUUCAUCAAAUGUUUUGUGAAUAAUUACAUUAAAAACAGCAACAUUAACUGAACAAAUAAAAAAUAAGACAUAAAAAAAAUGAAUCUACCAAGUGACGAUGUUUUUGGGUUUACUCAGCAAACAGCGAUGAUACUCGAGGGUUUCGAGGCCACUGACUUGAUACCAGAGUUCAAAAAACGUAAUAUAUCAACAUCAGUCCUGUCCGAGUUGUCCAAAGAAGAUUUUAUGACACUAGGUGCUUCUGAAGAACUUGCUGACAAAAUUAUCAAGCAACUGGGUUCUAAAUUGCGUAAACCAAAGUCGCCGUUCAAUUCUUUGAUUGACAAUUCAUCUAUCAGAGAAGAAAAAUUAACGGACAUAAUAAAAAAUACACAUCAACAAUUAGCAUUUUUCCAAGUUUUUAUAAAUUUUAAUCGCGUUAAAUUGUCUAAGCUAACAGACGACUACGUAAUUGAUCUGAAUAAAAAUGUUCGAGCGAGUGAGGCCCUUCAUUUGGUGACUAAAUGUGCGAUUCAACAAUUAAAUGAUCUUCAAUCAGAUAUACGUAAAUUGGUGACAAUUAUUGAAGCCGAUGAAACUAAGAACCAAUCACAGAAACGUAAAUUGAUUGGAGCUGGAUUAUUUAUUGGUUUAAUUGGAUCUUCAAUACUUAUAAUUAAUUUUCUUAAAAAAUCUCACUGAGUAAUAAUUAAUAAGUUAUUUUUUUAUUUUUUUUUUUUUUUUUUUGUUAACUAUUCUUUAAUGUUUUUCUAGUUUCAUAUCUUUGUAAAGGCAUUAGCUACUUAAAUAAUAAUUAACUGUUUAAUAAAAGUUAUCAAUUCACUAAU